AUGUCGGCUCCGACCGAGUCGAGCGCAACCAAAGUGGAUUUGAAUGACGAGGAUGCGCCCAGGGUAGAGGCGCUGUUUCUGAUCAAGUUUGACAAGAAAGUCGGCUAUACUAUCGCCUGGAAGCGCACAUUGACCGAGGAGAUAUCGCUAGAAAACGCCGUCGAAUACAAAUCGCUGCCAUCGGGCCUCCAUACUGUACCCAAUGACCUCGUCUACUUUACACAUGACGGCUAUGCAGGGCUCAGCGCCUUUGCAAAGGGCGACGCCGGCGAGGAAGACCGCAAUGCCAAUUUCGUGUCAGUAGGCAUCUUGGUGAGAAAAGAGGGGAGACAUGGACGGUUAGGCAGGGCGUGGUUGCUCGCUGGCCGCCUGGAGAAGCUGGCGACGGCACUGGCGAUCGACUCUGAGACGGUGGCACCACUCGAGGACUUCUGGCAGGAGCAGGCUGCCUCAAGACAUACCAAGGGUGAUGCCAUGGAUAAUGGAGAGACCAAUGCGCGCAAUAGGCCGCGCGCCAUCUCAACCGUCAGCGCUGUGUCCAAGGACGAAGAGAGGCUGCCACAGUACCACCCGGCCUUAUCCAUACAGCGAUUUCUCGAUAUCUUCGGUCCCCUGGUGUUCCGACUACAGCAGGCGGCACUGCUGCGGAAAAGGAUACUUUUUGUGGGCGUUCCUCCUGUCAGGAUUGCUUGCGAAUUUGGUAUGCCUCAAUCCCUCGGAUACGUGUACAACCUCUCUGUCCUCUCCAGCAUAUCACCCCGCGACACAGAACAUUGCACGCCCGGAUCUGAUGGGCUCCUGCGCCUACCCUGCCUCUUUUCCCUCGGCGUGCACGAUAUACCGUACCUGGAAGACCUUCGUAACCCCAAACACGGAGCGCACACACCAGAUGCCGAUGCAUCGGAAGGCUGGGUGGCAUGCACAACCGACGAGAUCAUUGUGACCAAGACCCAACUAUACGACAUCAUAGUCGAACUACCACACACAUACGACGCACCCGCGCAGGAGCGACGCUGGCCGCGGAUACGGACGAGCGAUGGUAGCUUGAUCAAGGCUAGUCAGCGGGAUGUGGCACGCUACAAGCUCCUGCACAAGGAACUCUUCAAACAGCGAACGCGGUCGCAGACACCGCAUGAGCCGUAUGCCGACGAGGACAGCGACGAUGCAGCACCACUGCUAUCGCGUGACGAGGUUGACACGAAACGCGCCGACGACGAGUUCAACGAAGCCUACGACGACACAGUGGUGGAACCAAUGACUUGGUCACGGCUAGCAUACAUGGGCUACAUGUGGUGGGCUUCGGCGGGCGAGAAGGAUGCUUUCACAACCGCGGAGCAGGAGACUGACCGGGAGCUGAUUGGCGACCUCUCCGACUACUCGCAGUCAGUAGAGACAGCCAUUAUUGCCUACUUCCACCGCCAGUCGUCCUUGUUAAUACAAUCGCUCUCGCAGAUAGUCGAGGCCGACCAACAGGGGGAGAGAGAUGAAGAUGAAGACGAGGACGCGACGCGUUGAUCAUUGACAGACAUGACUUGUCAAGGAUGGGACUGGACAGCUGGUCAGAAGCCGACCGGGCGUUUGUGCAGGAGUUUGGCAGUCUGUACUUUGGGCGUACUGUUGGGGUCAAGGGCAGUGAGGUGGACUGUUGUGGUUUGAGGGUGCCCAUCUUCUAGCAGGGCUAGGGGGGUACAGCCAGCCACGGAAAUGGGUGCUACCGACUGCGUGGUAAUGGAAUGACGCGGUUACAUGAAUAUAAGUGUACUUUUCAC